AUGGCCGAAGUGGACGAGUUCGAAGACAGUGAGGCUAAGCCCGAUGCUGACCAAUCCACGGCUGUGAGUGACAGGAAGGUCAGGUCUUUGUUUAAGAAGCAAAUGGUAGAUGAAACGAGUGUUGCAGCCUUCGCUCAACUUGGCUCUGCCUUCUUUGCUGCUGCUCGAGAACGUUUGGCUCUGCCUCGUGAUGAAUCUGGUGCCCCGACAGUGGAAAGCAUGCGCACAAGACAUCAGCGCUUAGCACAAGACGCCAGGCUAGCAGCUGCGCGCGGGCAGUGGGACCUGACCGAGCGGCAGCCGGUGGCUGAGAGGGAUGAUAGCGGUGAACGAGCUCGUGCAGAAGCAGAACGGCUUGCAAGGCUAGAUGCUAAACGCAAGCGCCUGCAGAGUGUGGAAGAUGAAGAUGACGAAAGCAAGCAGUUGAGCGGUUCUCGGCGCUUUCGCUUGUCCUUUGCUGGUGACGAGGAUGACUUCUAA